AUGAAAAUAAAUAAUAUUAAUGCAAAAGAUGGAGAAAAAUCACACAGACGUCGAUUAACCCGACAAGUUUCUAUGCACACUUUAAAUGGUUUUAAUGAACUUCGAUUAAACGAAAAACUUUGUGAUGCUUCAUUAAUACUAGAUAGCGGAGACAAAUUUCCGAUACAUCGAUCAGUUUUGAGUGGUUCUAGUGAUUACUUUAGAAUACUUUUCACCACCACUUUACAUGAAGGAGACUAUACGAAAAUAAAUUUGAAAUUGUUGGAAAGCGCUACGAUGGAACUGGUUCUGCAGUACAUUUACUUGAGACAGAUAGAUAUCAACUAUGAUAAUGUACUGGAUAUAAUGUGGACGGCCGACUAUUUGUGCAUAGACGGCUUGGUGCAACUAUGCCAUCAGUUCCUCGUCGAGUACAUGGGACCCAAAAACUGUGUGACAUUAUUGCAAUUUGCUGAUUACUACUACUUCGGCCCAUUAAUUGAAGCGUCGUACAAAUAUAUCGUCAAAGAGUUUAUGACUAUUGCCGAGCAAGGCGAUGAGCUGAUGAAGCUCAAAAAAGAAGAAUUCAGGCUGAUCAUCGAGAACAGCCAGUUAAACGUGAAACGCGAAGAGUGUGUUUGGGACGUUUUACUGAAAUGGGUCGACCAGGAUCCUCAAAGUCGAAUAAAAGAUUUGGUCUAUCUAUUGCCCAGAGUUCGUUUCGGCCUCAUGGAUUCCAAAUAUUUUAUCGAGAACGUUAAAGACCAUCGUUACAUUCAGAACCGUGCCGAUUGCAGACCUUACAUAAUAGAGACUUUAAAGUUUCUGUAUGACCUGCAGUUGGCUCCGAACAUGACGAAUUCCAUAGCACCGAUGCUUGCUCGGCCCAGGUACCCGUUCGAAGUGCUGUUCGCCAUCGGUGGUUGGAGUGGUGGCAGUCCGACCGCGAUCAUCGAAACGUAUGAUACGAAGUCGGAUCGUUGGACGCGCAUACACAACGAAGACCCGCACGGGCCCAGGGCGUACCACGGCACGAUCGUCAUGAACAAUGAAAUCUAUAUCAUCGGAGGGUUCGAUGGACUGGAAUAUUUUAAUUCGUGUAGAAAGUUCAACACGGAUACCAAACUAUGGGACGAAGUAGCGCCGAUGAACUCUAAAAGAUGUUAUGUCAGCGUGGUAUUGUUGAAUAAUACCAUUUACGCGAUGGGUGGGUUCGACGGUCAUCACCGACUGGGCUCAGCCGAAAAAUACAAUUUUGAACGAAACCAAUGGACUCUGAUAGCCCCGAUGACUACUCAGAGAAGUGACGCCUGUGCCGCUGUGCUCAAUAACAAGAUAUACAUCACCGGUGGCUUCAACGGGCAAGAGUGCAUGAGUACGGUGGAAACGUACAACGUUGACACGAACGAGUGGACACUGUUGCCGCCCAUGCAGACCAGGCGCAGCGGCGUGUCGUGCAUAGCGUACCACAACUCGCUGUACGUGAUCGGCGGCUUCAACGGGUUGUCGCGGAUGACCAGCGGCGAGCGGUACAGCCCGGAAACGAACCGGUGGACGCCGGUGGUGGACAUGUGCAACCCCCGGAGCAAUUUCGCCAUCGAGGUGCUGGACGACAUGAUAUUCGUGGCCGGCGGUUUCAACGGGGUGACGACCAUACCGCAGGUGGAGUGCUACAACGACCGCACGGACGAAUGGUUUGAGGCGAAAAGUAUGCAUGUGUUUAGAUCGGCACUGUCGGCGUGCGUUAUGAAGAACUUGCAGGACGUCGAAUACUUCAUGCCGCUGGACCGCGACCGGUUGUCCGAGGAAGGCCGGAAAAACAUCGAGAGGAACAACCGACCCGCAAUCGGCACCAAUAGUAACGAUUCCGAGGACCUGGACGCCGAGAACCAAUCCAUCGCCACCUAUCGGACCCUCCAACCAAGGCUCAAUUUAACAUUGGAAAUCCUCGUAGACGAUGAAGAAGUGGCGUGGGUCAACGAAGAAAACAUAGACGAAUAA